AUGUCAGACGCGAGCACACGUGCGCACGUGGCGAGCGCAUCGGCGGCCUCGCUAAUCCCUACUGCCGAUCCCCAAGAAAAUGUCCAAACCUCACCACCGGAGGACAGCGAGUACAGCAGCGACGAACCCACGACCGCAGCCGCAAGACGAAGGAAGCGAAAACAGCUUCGCAAAGAAGAGCGCAAGCAAGAGAAGCAAAGACACGAUUCCGCCCUCCCUACGCCCACGCAUUCCGACACCGAGACAACAGCAAACCAACCCCGCAACCCUCCGAAUAAGUCACCAAGGCAGAACCCAAAGUCUGCUGCUAAAACCGACGAUUCGUCCCUGUCCAUACCACAAUCGCCCUCAAUGGCCAAACCUGCCGCGCAAACCGCAUACCCCCUCCUCAUAGCCUCCAUCGGCAACCCGGGCGCAACCUACGCCAACACGCUCCACUCCGCCGGCCACAUCGUCACCUCCGCUCUCGCAGAAGCGAAACGCUAUGGUCCCUUUCAAAAAGGCAUGUCAGGCCUGAUUUCAAAACCUCCAGCCACACACAUGGCGUUCGGCUUGACCGGAUACAGGAGAGUAGCGACAGAUAAAGACGCAAUGGACGACUGGACAUUCUGGCAAUCCACAUCGUUGAUGAACAUAAGCGGGGGCUCAGUAAAAAAGGCGUAUAGCGAGUGGUUGCGUGGUGUACGACAGGCUGCGGGGAGUGCGACGUUAGAAGGGAGAUUGGUGGUUGUGCAUGAUGAGCUGGAGUCUGUGUUGGGAAAAGUUACAAUUCGAGAUGGUGGCGCGAGCGCGAAGGGGCAUAAUGGUAUCAAGAGCUGUCAGGGAAGUCUGGGAGGCGUAAAGUGGUGGAGAGUAGGCGUUGGAAUAGGGAGACCCGAAAGUAGGGAUCCCAAUGUGGUGAGCAAGUAUGUGUUGGGCAAGAUGACUUCGUAUCAGCGGGCGCAGUUGGAGAAGACUACUAUACCAGUAUACAAGGCGUUGGAGGAUAUUGCUUCAGGUAAGAAGUAA